GCGGUGUGUCUUUGGCACGGGGACAGUGGGAUCAGAGCGCGCUCCUUUCCAGCUGCAAACCCGGACCUAAAACCCAGCUGCAGUGUGCUUUUUUUUCGGUUUGGGUUCUACUGUUUCCCCUCCAGGACCGAACUUUUCUUUUCUUUUUCUUCUCUCCAUUUUUUUUCUUUUUCCCCGAGAAUGAAACCGUGAAGUGAGAAAGCUGCUGGCUCGUGGCGCAAAGAAAGACGCAGAAAGACGAAAAAAAAAAAAAAGGUGCAGGAAGAUACCAAGUUUGUGCUCCGAUCCGGUUCGGUCCGCUGACCCCGGGACCUCCUGCUCCUCCGCCUUUUCAGCCAAAUCCACACACACACACACACACACACACACCUGGAUCCGCGUCCGCGGCUCUUCCUCCGGAGUCAGAUCCGAGUCCAGACCCGGCGCGACAGCAGCGGGAUCGGGGGUCCGAACCAAAACCCAGCCCUGGAGUCACUACUGCUGAUCAAUGGACAGAACCUCUGUGGACAGCAGCACAGACACACACUCAUUCCCUCUGGCUGGAUCUCCUCUGGUGCUGUGGAGGAGCAUGGAGCGAGGAGGGGACAAUCUUGUCCCACAGGGCAGCCCCGAGCAAAGGGGAGGCAGUCCUAACCUCGGUGGWCUCCCGCCACCAGGGAAGAAGGGCCGGCUGGAGCUCAAUGGGAGCCCAACGGAGCCACGUGUGCGCCAUAACGGAGCCCCCCAGCGAUCCCUCAGAGGUAUGAUGAUUCCAGUCUUCUGUGUGGUGGAGCAGUCAGAUGGAGGGAUUCAGUCAGAUGGAUAUGAGGGAAGAGAGGAGCAUGCAGAAUUUGUGCUGGUCAGGAAGGAUAUUCUCUUCUCUCAGUUGGUGGAAACAGCUCUGCUGGCUCUCGGCUACUCCCACAGCUCAGCUGCACAAGCCCAUGGUAUCAUCAAGGUUGGAAGGUGGAACCCUCUGCCCAUUCAUUUUCUUACAGACGCCCCAGAAGCCACUGUUGCAGACAUGUUGAUGGAGGUCUAUCACAUGAUCACACUACACAUCCAGCUGCAUAGCUUUGCAAAGCUGGAAGAUCUUCCCUGUGAACAGUGGAGCCACGCAACUGUCAGGAAUGCUCUCAAAGAGCUGCUGAAGGAAAUGAAUCAAAGCACUCUGGCCAAAGAGUGUCCAUUGUCCCAGAGCAUGAUUUCCUCCAUAGUGAAUAGUUCUUACUAUGCCAAUGUGUCCACUGCAAAAUGUCAAGAAUUUGGUCGCUGGUAUAAGAAAUACAAAAAAAUCAAAGGGGAUUACCUGGAGAAGAUGUGGCCUGGACGAGAUAACACAGACAUUAAAAUUGAGAGGGACAGCAUUGCAGACUUCUGCAUGAUGGGACAGAGACCUCCUCCUCACCUGGGUGGUCUAGCUCAGCUAAGCCACCUUAGUUCCAGUGGCCCUGUCCUCAAAGCUGGAUCUACUGAUCCACAGUUGCCCUCGCAACCACCUCAGCAGCCUCCUCCUCCCCAGCAACAGCCCUCACCUCAUGGCCCCCUUCACCACAGCCCUCCACUUCGUACGGGGCAGAUGCCUCCCCAACCACCUCCACCAGGUGCUCUUCAACCCCUGCUAGGGCCAGGUGGAAUCCUUUCCCCACAACUCUCCCCACAGUUGGUUCGGCAACAGCUUGCUAUGGCCCACCUCAUUAAUCAGCAGCUGGCAGUGAGUCGCCUGCUAGCCCACCAACACCCCCAAACCCUCAACCAGCAGUUUCUCAACCACCCACCUAUUCCUCGGGGGUCAUCCAAAGGUGGGGUUGACCAUCCUGGGAGCAACCCGUCGGCUGCUGAGGUCUCAUCUGAAAUCUAUCAACAGGUCAGAGAUGAGCUGAAGAGAGCCAGCGUCUCACAGGCCGUGUUCGCCCGUGUGGCUUUCAAUCGCACCCAGGGCUUGCUCUCAGAAAUUCUGAGAAAGGAGGAAGACCCUCGUACAGCCUCACAGUCUCUGCUGGUCAAUCUGAAAGCCAUGCAGAGUUUCCUCAACCUACCUGAGAGUGAGAGAGACCGUAUCUACCAGGAGGAGAGGGAGCGCACUAUGAACCCAUCUGUGGGCCUGCCUCCCUCCAACUCCUCCAACCCUGGCACACCACGACUCUCACAGAAAGUGUGGGAGAGGAGCCUAGAUGACCAGAUAACCCCUGACACCUGGGCCUCCAUUUGGAAAAACAAGACCAAGAUUACUAAUGCUCCAAAGCCAUCUGGCCCAAACCCAGAUGUCCCACUGAAGUUGGAGUCACUGGUCAACAUUACGUCUGGCAUCUAUGAUGAGAUACAGCAGGAGAUGAAGAGGGCCAAGGUGUCUCAGGCUUUGUUUGCAAAGGUGGCCGCCAACAAGAGCCAGGGCUGGCUGUGUGAGCUUCUUCGGUGGAAGGAGAACCCCAGCCCAGAGAAUCGCACCCUGUGGGACAACCUGUGCACCAUCCGGAGGUUUCUGACACUGCCACAGGCUGACAGGGACAUGGCCUACGAGGAAGAGUCCCGACAUCACCACACAGAGAGGCUGCACACUGUCCUCCACCUGCCGCAGGACGCCCAGGCACUUCAUAGACCACCUCCAGCCCUAAUCAAGGAGCGCCAUCCAUCUCCAGUGCAUGAGGAGCCAUUACCUGUCCCAUUAAAUGAAGAGAGAUCACAGAGUGUUGGAGCAGGAGCACCAGGUGGAGGUCCACCUGCCACAGCAGGAAGUGCUGGGAGCAAUAAGAAACCACGAUCACGCACUAAGAUUUCCCUGGAGGCUUUAGGGAUUCUGCAGAGCUUCAUUCAGGACGUUGGCUUGUAUCCUGACCAGGAAGCCAUCCAUACCUUAUCUGCACAGCUUGACCUCCCUAAACACACCAUCAUCAAGUUCUUCCAGAAUCAGCGCUACCAUGUCAAGCACCACGGUCGCCUCAAAGAGCUGGGUGAGGGGGCUGCUACCAGUGAUGGGGUCGAUGUCAGCGAAUACAGAGAGGAGGAGCUGCUCUCGGGCUCGGAGGACCAAGAGUCUAGUGAGGAUGGUGCUGAAGAGAUGUACCAGACCACAGAGGGAAGCAAUAAGAGCACAGGAACCCUGAACCAGCCUCUAAUCUCUUCCAGCUCAACAUCUAGCCAGUUGUCCUUAGGACAUAAUGUGGCUCAGGAGGAGGGCAAGGACAAAGUACACAGCAGGGUUGUUGGGCUUCUGGCCACAGGGAGCUCCUCAUCCAGUCCUCAAGAGCAGACUGACUACCAGUGAUGACACCAGACAGGAAUAAAGAGACAUAAAAUUAACUCGUCAUAAAUUGCUGAAGGCUGGCAAUGAAGAACUUGUAUGAUACAUACUGUAUGUGUCUAUGCAGACACACUGACCAGGAAAUGGCUGGUCAAUAUGCUGUACAUGACUGAAACUUAUACACUUUGAUGUGACAAUCUCAGCUUUGUGGAGUGAAUUUACCUCAGUGAAAGACAGUGGACUUUAAUGGUUGUGUAACUGUGAAAUGGUUUUUGCAAAAAGUUGUAAUUUGUCUCUUCAGAUAGUAAUUAGCAGAUCAGAUUUGUGCUGCUCACAACGUGAGUUUCCUAGCAGAAACAAUCACCAACUUAUAUUUAUCAGCCAGAAAAAAGAUGUCAGUGAAAAAAAAGGGGCAUUCCUUCUUGCUCCUAUUUUCUGAAGUUUGGUUACAGUUACACGGAAGAUCCUCCCCUGCACGCUGGGCUAAAUUUGGCCUAAUUGUAGUGACAGGAUCAGGACCUCAGAGACUAAUAAAGCCCUAAUAAACCAUAGAAAACAAAAAAGAUUUGCUAUUAUUUGCCCAAAAACACAGAUUGAUGGCACUUGCUGUGCAUCUACAAGCUUUUAUUUCAUUACGAGAACAGUGGCCGCUCCAAUCACAGACUAUCUGGCAGUCCUGUUUAGCACUUAGUGUUCACAAAAACUGUUGUCGUUUCAGAUGUAUUGUCUUCUUGAGGCUUGUGGAUAUUAAUAAGUAGUCCUGUAAUGAGCUGUGGACAACAUAAAAAAGUUUUACAAUGUAACACUCAGGCCCAAACCCUUCGUGGCUUAUUCCAUGAAUGUGUGGUGGGAGUAAAAAAUAAAGCCAAGAAGGUAAAAGCAGUGUAGCGCUUCAGUAAGCAAAUCAGUCACUUUAUGUGUGGUAGUCCCCACCUUCUUUCCUCUGGCCUCAGUCUUGUGUUUCACCACACAGACACACUCAUGAACUUCACUAACCUUAAUUAUGGUCCUUAUGAUUAUAGUUUUUAAUAUUUUAUUGUUUUUGCUGUCAUUGUAUGCUAUUUUUAGUUGUUAUUUCCAUGGUUUUAAAUUUUGAUUUUGGAUAACAGAUAGUAAAAGAGCUCUCCCCUGUCGGAGGAGGAAAAACAGUGAGGGUCAAAGAAAAAAAAAAAACAGUUUCAGAGCAUUAUCAGGUAAAUUGUCCAGUUAUGUUGUUACACAUGUUGUGUGACACAACAUUGUGUAACUUGCCUUCUUUUGCUCUGUUUUCAACAAAAAUAAAAGGUAUUCUUGAAAAGAGGAAUACUURGGAAAGCAAGACUGUGCGCCUUUUUGCUGCAGUUGAUGACAAUCAACUUUUUUGAGCCAUGAAGAAAAAGUGGCAGGUCUGACUGUGUUCUUCACCUUUAUUGUGUAUAAAUACCCAAUGUGAGAUAAAGUGUUGCUUUAUUUUUAAUUUUCUUGAGUAAGUUUUAAUAUUUGAGCCACUUUAAAGAGAAUAAUGAAUCAGUAUAAAAUUUGGAUACAAACCUAUUUAAAAAAAGGUUGCUCUUCCUGUUUGAUGUCUGGUUAAAGCCAUGGGAACAGUGGGUGCUGGGGGGUGCUGCUGCACUAAGUAGUGAAUGACAGAGGAUAUCCAUGUUCAGAAACAAAGGUAUUGAAUUGAUUAAACGAAAAUAUGUAACUGGUUUUAUUGGUGCUGUGUAUGUUUAUAUUCCAAGAAUAUUUUGAGAUUUACGUAUUUUGUAAAUCUGGUGUACAAACCAACACUGUUGUACACGUGGGUCCAAAUUUGUACAACCUCCUAAAAUAUGCUGCUUUAAAGUAGCUCUAUUUUGAAAUCCAUUUUUGUCUGAAGUGCCAUUACCUUGCUUAAGUUUGUCUUUUGUAAUUUAGUGAAAUAUGCAGUUCAAACUAAGUUGUGAAAACAAUAACCAUGAUAACAACGCCAACAACUGACUGUUUUCAGUGUAGACAUUACUAAGAAAGAGGAUUAGGGCCUCUGGAAAAAAAUCUGACUUUAAUCUCAGAAUUCUGACUUUUUUCUCAUAACUUUAAAUGUAAAAAUAAAAAGUAAAUAAUGGCAUGCUUCAUGUGAUGAAAAAGGUUUCUAAGUUAUAUAAGUUUAUAAGUUUGUAAGUUUACAAGUUACUUCAUGUUUCCAACUAUGAUGAAUUUAGCUUCAAUAAUGUCUACAGUAGAGGAGACAUGAACACUGAACUGGUAGUCUUUUACAGUCUUGGACAUGGUUGGAAGACUAAAAGUGAACCAACAUAAAGUCUUGACUGCAAAUUUAUGGAUAUUGUCUUUUCAACUUUUGGAGCAAAUUUUAAUAUCAAUGUUGGGAUUAAACAAUAUGCACUGACUGUGCUUUCACUUCAUCUUUUUGGUAUUAUCAUAUUUUUAUAUAGGGUAGGAUCAUGCAAAUUCUCUAACUCAAACUUACCUAUGCACUCAGCACCCUCCAACUGAAACACAUUCCCAUGGCUAAUUGGUGCAGUUGUGUUGAUGUGCAGUAUGUUUGAAAAUGUAUCUGAGUACAGGUAAUGUCUUAGUUUAUAGAUCCUGAUCAGCAGGAAUGCUCAAAGAAAUGAACUGCCUUUUCAGUCAUUACUCUGUAUGACGAUAUUGUGCUUUUCUGUGUAACAGGAAUCAGGGUUAACCUCAAACAAUGAAAUAUUUUGCCCAUCAGUGUUGAAGUCAAUUAAAAAUUUUAAAUGUGUUGUUUUA